AUCCACUGGGCAGCAAGUUACAACCGCCUCCCAAUCGUAGAGAUCCUCUCCGAGCGCAAAGACUUUGAUCCAGAUGUUCAAGCUGGACACCCCUAAUGAUCGCCUCAUCCCUCAAAGAAGCCGACCCCCUCAUCGACCUCCUCCUCUCCAAAUCCGCCGACCCCACCCUCGUCACCUCCACCGGCGCCACAGCCCUCCACUUCGCAGUCUCAAAAUCAAACCUCGAUACAGCCAAAAAGCUAAUCGCCAACAAAGCUUCAGCAAGAGUAAAGGACAAAAGAGGACAAUUGCCAUUGCACAGGGCCGCCGCGGUGGGCAGUGUGCCGAUGGUGAAAUUGUUGUUGGAGAACAGGAGUCCGGUUAAUGGGAGUGAUGGGGAUGGUUGUACCGCUUUGCAUCAUGCUGUUGCUGAGGGGCAUGGAGAUACGGCUGUGGUGUUGCUGAAGGCUGGUGCGGAGACGGAUAAGAGGGAUAAUUCUGGUGCUCUUGCGUUGGAUCUUGCUCCGGAUGCAAAGGUCAGAAGUUACAUCACUCGCGCUGCAGAGGAGGAAGGUAUUGCUCUCUAGAAGAAGCAGGCCCAGGUUCCGACAGUCGAGCACAGCAUGGAAAUGGCGCUCCGACAUAGAUGACAAUGCAAGCGAGAGGCACAACAAAG